CCCAUCAUGCGCCGCCACUCCAAAAUUCGUCCUCGGAUCCCAGCGCAGCCUAGCCACCUGCCUUCUCCUCGUUUUCCCCAUCGCUCCAAUCAUGAGCCUCCUCUCCCUCGAUCCACCCAUUCCCGCAGCUCCUCCCCAUGGCUUCCAGAUCGAGCGAGCUUGAUCUCCAGCAUCAGCGCCCGAGCGCUCCUUCGCCUGCCCGGAGCCCCCGCAAGCCACUGCUCCGCCCCGCUAUCCUCGUCGUUGGCCCUCGCAGCGUCGCCCCGAUCCAGGCCAGAGAUCCCGUCGCCGCGCUGCCGUUUCCGGCCUCCGGCCGCUCAAGACCCGCCUCGGCCCCCCUCUGCUCCCGCCCUAUGACCGAACUCCUCCAGCUCGACCCAGGCCGCCGAGCUCCCUACCGCGCUGGAGUCCCGCCGUUCCCGCGCCUCCGUCGUUCCCUCAUUCCAGCACCGAGCCCUUGCACCUGCGCUGCCGCCUGCGUCCUCUGCUUCAGCCGCCGUCGACCUCCUCCGUCACGCCACAGCGCUGGACCUCCGCUUGGCCUUGUUCGUCCGCUGCCUCCUGAAGGCCAUGGAGCCUUGCAGCAGACUCUCGCCGUUGCCGCAAUUCGCCCCGCUGUCCAGCCGCUCAAGCCCUGCCUCGCCGCGCCUCUGCUUCGCGCGAGCAGAGAUGAGAAGACUGCUGCAGCCCGCUCGUCGUCGAGCGUUGACCGCUACGCCCAAGCCGGCCUUCUUUGUUCUUGGGCAACAAGCGUGCAGUAGGCCCAGCGCCUCCUCACCCAGCCAGCCUCAAAGGCCCAACGUGAGCAGCCUAGAUCCAUCUAAU